CAUGUGUACUGAGAUGAUGCAUAAAGGAAAGAGGAAAAGUUCUGCUGUUUACUUGGCUGCAGCUGUUAUUCUGAUGUGUUAUUUAGUGCAAACAAUAGACUGCUAUCGACUGAGGAAAACAGAACGACGAGAGGGGCGAAGAGAAGCUGACGCAGCCCAAACAGCAGCUGUCCAAGAGGGGAAAAUCUUGUUUGGGUCAGGCCUUGGGUCACAUGCAGAUAGGAACAAGAAGUCAUCCUCAAACACCUCUGUGGAUGAUGAAGCUGCUUAUCAAGCGGACUCUGCAGGCUGGUUGAAAGGACAAGUAUAUGACCCCAGUCCCAAAGAAGCGUCAUUUAAGCGCAUGGCACCUUCCCUGCAGUGUGGUGCAGACCAGAUGAAGUUCAGAGCAGUGGGCCCAGGAGCUACACACUUUGCAGUGGAACAAGUAAACGCAGCUCCGAUGCCUCUGUCCCAAGUCCCCUCCACCUGUGGCUACAACAUGCAGAGGAACCCGCUUGGGCUUGUUAUGUUGGUUCCCUAUGAUGGCUGCAACAUGAUUCAAGAGGGUGGAAAUUAUAUGCUCCCAAUGCGUUGGCAGGGAACUCCAGUCUCACUCAUGUGUCCCAAACCUGCAGCAACUGCUGCCCCACAUCACCCUGCCCCUCAGGUGCCUCAAAUUCCCCAUCCCUAUUACUUUCCACCCUACAUGUAUCCUAAAUACCCCGUAGUACCAAAACCUACGACGGCAACGACCACCACCACAACUGCAAAGAAACCACAAGUUCCUCAAUAUCCACAAUACCCGUUUUUCCCUCCGUUUUACCCCUAUCCCCAACCUGUUCCCGUCACAACAACAGUGCCCACCACCACUGCAAAGCCAGCAGCAGUCACGUUUCCUCCACCGAUGUAUCCUUUUCCUUUCUACCCUCCUUUUCCUUGGCCCCUUCCAGGGCCUCUGCCAGCAACCCCGAAACCCACGACAACUACAACAAAGGCGCCAACAAAAGCGCCAACUAAACCCCAGAUACCGCCGUUCCCACCAUACCUGCCUUUCUAUCCUCCAUUUAAUCCUUUUUACCCUCCCUUUAUGCCUCCCUAUCCCAACUUUCCAACCCCUAAGCCCACAACGACAACACCCACGACUACGACAACCAAGAAGAAGGACCCAACACCGCACCCUCAUAUUCAUCCGCAUGUCCAUUAUCCAUAUCCAAUUCCACCAUUUCCUCCUGCUCCUUUCCCCAUUUCAGGCUAACCUGCUGAAACAGUUCUAAUAAAUGGUUUGAACAAUAA